AGUGAUCACUUUGUUUGCUCAGCUCAGCCUUCACCGUUGCUCAUCUGAGACUGGUGGAAAGACAACAGGAGAGACAGUAACACGAUCUCAUUUUAUUUCAGUUGAUUUUAGAGAUGUCUAGGUACCACAAAGCAGCGAUUGAUGGCUAUUUGGACCUCUUGAAGGAGGCCACAAAACAGGACCUGAACACUGCUGAUGAGGACGGCAUGACCCCCACCCUGUUGGCGGCUUUUCAUGGACACGUCGAUGCUCUUCAGCUCAUAUGCAGCAGACAUGGAGAUCCCGACAAGAGUGACAUCUGGGGCAACACACCACUGCACCAUGCAGCGGCUAACGGCCACAUGCACAUCCUCAGCUUCCUGGUUAACUUUGGUGCUAACCUUUUUGCACUGGAUAAUGAAUUCCACUCGGCAAUGGAUGUUGCUGCUGCCCGCGGACACAUGGACUGCGUACGCUUUCUUGAUACCGCCACAUCACAGCAGACCAACAAAAAUCCAAGAAAGGUCGCCACCCUGAAGAAGGAGGCCCAGAAACAGGCAGAAAGACGAGUGAAACUCUGUGAGAAGGUGAAGAAGAGGCACGAAACCAAGAUGAAUAAAAUGCAACGUGGAGCAGAUACUGGGUCGGCAUCAGAGGCGGGCACAGCAUCAGCAUUCUCAGAUGUUGGGAGCAUGAGUGGUGUGAAUGAGCAGUUCUCCAAGUAUAUUGCUGCGGAAAAAUCUGGCUCUCUUACUGCCAGAGUAAAAGGCACACUCCAGAAGAAGCUUGGGAAGAAAGACAAAGGCACUUUGCAGCGAGGAGGAGACGGGAAUGUCAUCUUCCUCAAACAGGACAAUGGACUUCCUGACAAACCAGAGUUUUUGGAUGUUUUUGAUGAGCAAGAUGAGAACAUGUUAGAAGAUGGUGGAUUUGAAGAUGACGAUGCCAGCGAAGAACCGGGUCAAGUAAAGCAAUCCAUCUUCAACCGGCCUGGCCUUGGGGGUCUGAUCUUCAUGAAGAAGAUGAAUCUGGAUUCAGAGGAGAGUCCCAGCGGGAACAACGAAAGUCUUGGAUACCUCGUUCAGAACGAGUUGUUUGAAGGUGAGCAAGAUAAUAUUGGUUUAGAAGAAACCGGUGAUGCUGACCUACCGUGGGAGCAAGAAGAUCUGGGACUCGAUGAUGAAGAGGAUGAAGAUACCUCUCCUUUGGAUGUGUUCUUGUCUGCCAUCUCCUUGCCAGAGUUUGCCCACGCUUUUAGAAGAGAGCACCUGGAUUUAGAAGCACUCACACUCUGCUCUGACGAAGACCUGAAAAGCAUUCAAAUUCAGUUAGGACCCAGGAAGAAGAUCUUGGAAGCUGUUGCUCGCAGGAGGAAGGCUCUCGACACUCCUGGAAAAAUGAAGGACAGCAGCCUGUGAUCCAGCACAAGCAGCACAGUUAUACACAGUUAUUUAUAAUUAUGAUGUAGACAAAUGAUACUGUCUUCUGUAUUGAGAGACAAUAGUUUGAUUUUAUGUAUAAAACAAAGAUGAUUAAGCAAAUUAUUUUACAAAAAUAAACAUCACAUCUGAAACUUACAAGAAGUAAUUCAGAGAAGGUUUAUCAAGGGUUAAAUUAAAAAAAGGAUAAAUACCUGAUAUUCAUAUAUAAAGGCAGUUUGUAGAUGCAAAUAAGGUAUGUUAUUCUUGAGGACAUGUUAUUUUUAAUGAUCAAUUAUUUAGCAGAAACAAUAAAACAGGAACUGAAAUUGAUUUGGUUGUAUGUUUUAUCAAACUUCUUGACUGCUGAUAACGUUAUUGUACAAUAAAUAAAACAAUAAUUCAAAA